AUGAUUAAAGUACAUGAUGUAGUUAGAGAAUUGUGCCUAAAGAUUGCCAAGAAAGAGGAGUUUUUAUGUGUGUUGGAUACUCCACGAGCCAUAAACAGGGAGCGCCGAGUUGUAAUCAGUGGAGAAAUUCCAGAGACAAAAACCUUUGAUGCUCCAAUCCGUUGUCUGAUAUGCGAAGGCGGUCGGCUAUUGCAUGACUUGAAAUUGUUGAGAACAGUGCAUGAGGUUGCUGCCUCAUCAACAACUGACUCUAUAUUUCAGCAACUUAACUUGCGUUAUCUUAAAGUUGAUAUUGAUCAGAAGAGUCGUCCAAGUGUUUAUCUUCCUUCAUCAAUAUCGCUGCUCUGGAAUUUGCAAAUAUUAAGAAUUUGGGUACCCACUCAUUCAACUGUGAUUGCACCAUAUGAGAUUUGGGAGAUGGUACAGCUUAGGUAUUUUGAGGUAUAUCCAGUUUGUCGUGUUGAUCCUCUUCCUGUGGACAGAUUAGACCAAGCAAAUGACUUGGUUUUGAGAAAUCUACACACACUUUCAAUUGUAGAGAAUUUGAGGUUUAGUGAAGAGGUUUGCAAGAGAAUCCCCCAUGUUAGAGAAAUGCAUUUGUCAUAUUGUGAUGAAGCGAGUUCGUCUUACUGUCCCUCCAAUCUUGGCAACUUCCAUGAACUGGAAUAUCUACUAUUGAAAUUCGAUGGAAAUUCUAAGUGGCAUGAUUUUUGUUUGAGUCUCACUUUCCCAUUUUCACUUAAGUGGCUGUAUUUACGUGGUUGUGGUGUUGAUUGGGAUGAAUUGACAAUCAUGGUUGGGUCCUUGCCCAAUCUUGUGUGUCUUAAGUUGUGUCUGAAUGCAGUGAUUGGAUCAGUAUGGAGCCCUAUUGAGCGGAAAUUCCUACGCUUGAGACAGUUGGAGAUUUUUGGUUGUGAUGAUUUAAUCCACUGGAAUGCAGAAAAGUCCCAUUUUCCGGUCCUCCGAAGUCUUCUUCUCAAAAAUAUGCCUAAAUUGGAAGAGUUCCCUUCUGGUAUUGGAGAAAUAGCAUCACUUGCUUUGAUUCAAAUGGAAUAUUGCAGCGAAUCUUCAAGCAUUUCAGCAAUGACAACAUUGGUGGAACAAGAGGAGCAGGGGAAUGAGGACCUUCAGCUUCAAGUUUUUUUCCGGGGCGAUGAGAAAACAAUAGAGAGCUUCGGCAAGAAGGUUCGAGAAAAGGGUCUUCAAAGCAAAAAUCUAUCUCUCUACUGUCAAAAUGUGAAGACAAGAGUUUUUGAUAAGUUCCAUUUUUAA